AAAAUGUGACUUUUAAAAUGACGCUCGCACUCGAUUGAGGUUAGGUCUGAGUAAUAUGUUGUUAUUAUUAUUAUCAAAUUUCUUAGUGAUUCGAACAAAAUUAUGAAAAACGGCGAUACAGACGAUCUAUGUUGCUGUGAAUACUACGAUCUAUCAAAUGAAAGAAACCACAUUUUAGCCUGCUUGUGUAACUGUGUUGACUUAGAUGAAGCUGUUGAUAACUUAGUGAAAGGAAAAAAAGUAUCAGAUCAAAACAAAACUGGACUGACCAACACCAUGAGGGACCGCCUAAGAGUGCCUUGGAUUGGCGGCGCCAUCCAAGUGUCCUUUGACUCACUUCUGCCAGUAAUAAUUUUGCCCCUUGUGUUUCUAGUGUCCUCAUUAUCCCUCUGGUGGACUGCGUUUUCCUUUACCACCAUUGGCGUUUUCAUUCUACUGAUAUCAAACUUUUUCGUCAGAACCAUUCCGAAGACAAAGUUCUUUUUCGUUUGGACAGUCACUUCGAUCGUCUUGCUCUAUUUUAUUUUCGAGUUUGUCGUUAUUCCGUUUUUGGAGAUUUUAGUUGAGGAGAACAUUGCACUUAGUGUGCUGAUUUUCGGGUUCAUUAUGUGUCUGUAUUUGAUGAAACUGAGAGCGAAUCAGCUAAUCGCUGCUUUGGACGAUGAGAGCCAACUCUCUUUUAAUGGGAAAAGCAUAGAAGGCUUCUAUGCGUGUAAAAUAUGCGACUGUAAAAUCCCUGACAAAGACCAUCACUGCGUUUGGUUUGAUUGCUGCAUCAGCAGGCACAACCACUGCUUGUUCUUGUUGUCGUUAUUUUUCGCUAUUGCUGCUUUAUUGUACAGCUCGAAUUUAACACUCACUUCCGUCUGCCAUCCGUACGAGUUCUUCAAAACUAUUCUAUUGCCAGACGACUGCUCAGAUGUGUAUUUUCAAUUUGAAUUAGGCUUGUCCUUUGUCUCAGCGGUUUACAGCAUACUGAUAGCGAUACUUCUAUGGCUGAUAUUGAUGCAGCAAAUGUUCUUGAUUUCAGUCGGGAUCCCAUUAAAAGACUGGGUCAAGCUCCCAUUGUCAUCCAAGUUAUGCCUGGGACUUAACCGACUAAGGCCCCACAAUAGGGGCCUAAUUAGGAAUUGGCUAAGAAUCGUUUGCGAAAUCACCCCAAAAUAUACACCGAUAAAUCGAGAUGUAUAGCGCUAGAUGAGAAAGGAUGAAAGUAUCAACUUGAAGAACUAAAUAUAAACUGUUUCGCUGUGGUUCAUUCACUAGCUCAGUAGUUUUAGCGUUGGAUAAUGGAGAUUUACAACUUACGAGUUUUAAACAAAGAUGAUUUGUUAUUAAAUGGUAUUUCGUAACAAGACUGAAAUUCCCAAUUCAAGCAAAGUAGCUCACGUUGAAAUCAACUAUUUUAGCUAGCACUGUAAAUAUAUAUGUAUUUUGUAUAGAAUAAAUUAUUUUUUCAC